UUACUUUACUGGUCCACCACCGCUGACUCAGACAAACCCUCUAGCUAUCUCCACAACUCAACGGAACGCAUUAGCAAUCAGAUGCUUUUCCGAGAACUGUGACUCACUGUUACGCUCGUAGAAUCAUAUAAGAUACGAGACAAGCAUCCCAAGCAGUCGUCCAUUCCCUUCCCACCUUGGCACCUCAAACCUUCAGCCCAAACAUGACAGAACCUCAAGCAGACAAGAAGUUUUACGUCAACGCUGAGGAUGCACGAGAUUUCGUGACCGCAGUAUUAGUUGGCAAUGGCGUCGCGCCUGAAAACGCCAGCAUCGUUGCCCAAUGCCUGGUAGCAGCCGACCUCCGCGGUGUCGACACCCACGGCAUGAACAGAAUUCCGUCAUACAUGGAGCGUGUACGUCAGGGCGUCUUGAACAGUGCGGCAACACCUACUCUUACUCAAGUAACACCAGUAGUCACCCAAGUCGACGCCAAUAAUGGUUUCGGCUUCCUUGCUGCAGACGCCGGCAUGGCUGCGUGCAUCGAAUCCGCAAAGACGUAUGGCAUCGGUAUGGCGAGCAUAAAGCAUUCAAACCAUUUCGGUAUGAGUGCCUGGGUCGUACAGAAGGCGCUCGACGCCGAUAUGAUGAGUCUGGUGUUCACCAAUUCGAGUCCUGCGCUGCCGGCCUGGGGUGGGAAGAGUAAACUGCUGGGUGUCUCGCCGAUAGCAUGCGGUGCACCAGGAAAGGACCAACCGUUUGUACUGGAUAUGGCGCCAUCGAUUGCGGCAAGAGGGAAAAUUUACAAAGCGAAGAGAAGGGGUGAGAAGAUUCCUCUGGAUUGGGCGCUGGACAAAGAUGGAAAGCCAACGGAUGACCCAGAAGCAGCGCUCGACGGUGGUGUCAUGUUGCCUAUGGGCGGACCAAAGGGUUCGGGUCUGGCUGUUAUGAUGGACGUUUUCUCCGGUGUACUCUCCGGCUCCGCGUUCGCAGGCGAUGUUACGAAUCCAUACGAUCCCUCCAGACCAUCAGACGUCGGUCACUUCCUCGUAGCGGUGAAACCAGAUCUCUUCAUGAGUUUGGAUGACUUCAGGGAGAGGAUGCAGAUCUUGUAUGACAGGGUCACGGGUGCCGAGAAGGCAGCGGGUGUGGAGAGAAUCUUCUUUCCGGGCGAACUUGAGCAGUUGCAACAGCAGGAAAGAGAGAAGACAGGGAUUCCGUUGGUGCAAGCGGAAGUUGAUGCUUUGAACGCGGAAGCGGAGAGAGUCGGCGCGAAACCGUUGAUUGUCAAAUAAGCUUAGACGAAAACAUCCUGAGGUUCUACAUGAUAACCUGCAGAUCAAUGACUCACAGUAAUUGAACAAACUGAUAA